CCCUUACGUGCUACACGUGGGUAGAUGAGCCAGCCACAGCUUUUUCAGAUGGCACCAAUAGUUGUACAGAUGUGGCAAGAGGAGCUUUGGUGCAAGUAUGCCAACAGUGUCCAGAGAAAUUUGGCUUGAUGGAUGAGUGGUCACUGUGUAUGUCCUUCUCUUAUCACGCUUGCUGGGCUGAGGCAGCUCUGAGUAUGUCUGUAUAUGCUGCCCAUCACCUUCAUUUACUGUUUAGACCAGAAAUGCAAACAGUGCAGCUCUGGAGAAGCUUCAAGCAGCUUUCUGCUACUUCUGUACACUCAUUUCUGAAUUAUCAGACUAUAAAUGUAAGUGAAUUUGAAAGUGUUUCUCAAAUUGCUGCUUCCAACCGCUGCCCCGACGGCUUUCACAAAACAAGCUGCUUCUUUGAAUGUAAAAGUCCUCCCUGAAACAGUGAAUAACAGGAAAAGAGUAAGUCAGGCAUCAUGGGAACAGAUAAGUGACAGAGUUUCGUAAGGGCUGUCUGUAUUACACAGAUGGGCACAUACUAGGAAAGACAGAACUGUAAAAAACCAUUCAGGGCUCCCAGGUACUUCGCAAACAAUGUUUCCUUAACUUGCUCAAUGAAUUUUGGCUACACUUGCCCAGUUACUAUGGCAUCUGAGCCCAUGCAACAACACUCAACAGAUCUUUAUCGGUGGCUGGCAAACCACACUGAGCACACUGAAAAUCCCCAGUUACACCGUCCUUCGUAUCACUUCCUGUGAGAUAAGUCUGAAGAACACAUCUACGCAUACAGUGUGUUUGUGUACAGACAGGCUUGCAUAGCUCAUGCAGUAGGAUGACACCUGUCUGACAUAACUCCUGGAACGUGACAAGCGUUGCAUGGGACACUCCAGUGCUUUAUAAACAAGCAUGGACCAGAAGGAUGCUUUAAUGCUGAGAGAAGACUGGAGAGUCUCUUCAGAGAUGAGAUAGUCUCUUUGCUGUACACUGGGCAGGCAACUGAAAGUUCUUCCUUAAAACCUGUGUUUUGUUGUUUGUGAUCUCUCCCUCCUUAAAGCUGAUCCCUGUUGGACAAGGCUGGGAAGACAGGAGCAGUGGGUUUAAAGGAACUUGCUAAGAUGGCACUGGCCAGUUCGCUUCCUAGCAAACCAGUACCACCGCACUCUGGAGAAGUUUCUGCAGCAAGGGUGGAAGCUCACCAGAGCAAGAUGGAUUUCUUCUGCAAGCUGGGCUAUGGUAAGCAGGACAUCUGCAAAGUGCUGGAGAACCUGGGCCAAGAGGCCCUGGUGGAUGAUGUGCUGAAAGAGCUGAUUCGGAUGGGGAGCAGACCUCAAGCUCUGGAGAGCCAAGCUCAGCCUUCUGCACUAAAACUUGUUGCCCGUGGAUCAUCCAGCACUGCACCAGGGUCAAAGUGGCUCAGAGAAGGUGAAAGUGAUUCUUCUGAUUACUUGAGACCCAUUGUGAUUGACGGCAGCAAUGUUGCAAUGAGUCACGGAAACAAAGAGGUGUUCUCCUGCUGGGGGAUCCAGCUGGCAGUGGAUUGGUUUCGAGAGAGGGGGCACACGUACAUCAAGGUUUUCGUCCCACUCUGGAGGAAGGAGCCCCCUCGCCAAGAGAGUCCCAUUGCAGAUCAGCACAUCCUUGAAGAGCUCGAGAAGCAAUCGAUCCUCGUGUACACCCCAUCCCGGAAGGUGAAAGGCAAGAGGGUAGUUUGCUAUGAUGAUCGCUAUAUAGUGAAAGUUGCUUAUGAGAAAGAUGGAGUCAUUGUUUCCAAUGACAAUUACCGGGAUCUUCAGAAUGAAAACCCUGAGUGGAAAUGGUUUAUUGAGCAGCGACUACUCAUGUACUCAUUUGUCAGUAACAGGUUUAUGCCUCCUGAUGACCCGUUAGGCCGGCAUGGACCUACACUUAAUAACUUCCUCAGCAAAAAGCCAGUGCUUCCUGAACCAAAAUGGCAGCCUUGCCCCUAUGGUAAAAAGUGCACCUAUGGCAAUAAAUGCAAAUUUUACCACCCAGAGAGACUGCACCAAGCUCAGCUCACAGUUGCUGAUGAGCUCAGGGCUAAAAUAAAUGUCCCGUUAAGCAUGGGCAAAGAGGAAGAGCCAUAUAGGACUGGAGGAGAGUCUGUGCCCUGUGGUGCCUGUACAGAAACCCUGCGAGAAGGUAGUGGCUGCACAGGAGCUUCCUGUUAUUCAGGAUGGUCCCAAGGGAGAUGUCCUGAGCAGCCUUCCAGUGGCUGGGCCAGCAGCUCUGGCUCUGACUUGUGUCUGGACCAGCGCUUGCUGCAGCCAGAGCCAUGGCAAGACCAUCCACUCCUGGAGAAGAUGUCAGCACUAUCCAUUGGUGAUGACACCUACGGCUACAACUGGUCCAUACAUACACAUCAGGACAGAGGAGUGAUGGACAGCCCUCACCAGUUCAGCAACCUCAGGGACAACCCAUACACGCUUCAUCACUCCCAUAGCUUGGACCACACCAGCUUACCGGGACGCCCUUUCCAGCAAACGGUGCUCCCUCCGGUGUCGAGUGGGAUGUGCCCAGACCACAGCUGGCCGCAGGAGGGCUGCAGCACCCACAGGAUCAGUCAGAGGAGCCGCUAUGCCCCUGAUGGUGCUCAGCACAGACAGGCCCUGGGGACUCAGCACCACAUUUUGCCGCAGUCUUCAGCUCUUCCCGCUGACCUGCCUCACUCUUACAGUGAGCAUCACCUGCAGCAGCAGGAGCAUCGCUUCCGCAGCCGGCCCCCACAGCAGCCCUUCAUGUUAGACUCCAGAAAUGGACUGGGCUUCUACCAGAAAACCUAUGCAUACCCCGAUACCUCUUACAGUGACCACUGGCCCACUCCAGCUGUAAGGCCACCCUCUGCCCAGCAACCAAACACACACAGGGAGCUGUGCUCCCUUUUCCCUUACAGUGAUGUGAACCAUGUCAUGGCUUUGUACCCCAAUAUUGAGGAUAUUGCUAUAUUGACUUUAUUGAUUCAAAGACACAGAAAUUUGUGAAGCCUCCAGAUCAAACCUUUCCUGACAAUCACGAGUCCCGGGCAAAUAACAUGCUACUCUGAGCCUUAACCAAGUGUUAUUAAAGGGCUUUAUGGCAAACACCGUAGCUGCUCUGGGAGCACAGGUCUAAGCAUCAACCAGCUAUGUCACAUGGGGCACCAAGUCAAGACACAGGCUGCCAUUCACCACAGUGGGAGCUCAUUCCCCUCCCUGUCAGCAUUUGAACCUCAGUAGUGACUGGGUUCAGGAUGGCAGAGAUCUUUGUUGAUGCCUUGAAAGAAUAGACAUGUUUUAAAAACCCUAAGCCUAUUGCUCAGCUAUUGUAAAAGAGCCAUGCUCCAUGUGAAGGGCUCUGCACUGACCUCCCAUGCCUACUUGCUCAGCUAUAGGCAAAAAAUAAUUUGGCCCAUUUCCCCUGACACAGGGCUGUGCUCCCUGCUAGAAGGAGCCUUUGAAUCCGUACCACUGGCUGUAUCAGUGAGCUUUCAAAGGCACAUCUCGCAUUUAUAAACCAAAGCAGUGAACACACAGAGUCUCUAGCAGAGGCGUGAAGGUCCAGCAGAGAAGCUGCAGGUACCUUUCUCAGGGAUCGCAUACGAUAGAAGUCAAAUCAGGGAAGUCAUCUCCAGUAUAAGUCCUGAUGUGGACCGAGAGCUUGGGGUUGUUAAUUAAAAAAGGAGGCACAGAUGAUGCCAAAGAGACUGGGGGGGGGGGGGGGAAGCUUUGAAGUGUCUCUGUUGUAUUGAAAAAAUCCUGUUAUUGACUUAACCCUUAAUUACCGAACAUGGUCCCAUAAUGCAACUGUACAGCUGAUUUAUGAUUGCAAACAUUUAAACUGUGCUCUGCUGGGACAUGUUUGAUCCUCAGUAAAUUGUAAAACUGCUAAUCUCUGCAUUAUUCCACUGAACUCUUCAGGUUAUAAUUCAAAGAUUAAGGUUGAAGCUGAAGGGCGUUAGCAUUAUACCAAAGUUCAAGUAUGUCAGUAUGACAUGUUUUAGAAACGCUUUAACACAUCAUAAAGUGGUCACCUACAACUCUUUGUUCCAAAUAA